GCCAACGGUUCGUCGUCUCGGAAUCGGACUCGGAACACAAGUCACCCGCCGGAGUUUGCUGUGCCUCAAUUUUCCAACUUUUAAUACGAAAUCGCAGCGUGGGGGUAAACGAAGAAAUACAAAAGCAAGCAGGAAAGUGAUUUGGGGAAACGACCAAAGAUGGAUAGCACCGAAUUUCGAAAACGCGGCAUGGAAAUGGUGGAGUACAUCUGCAACUAUCUGGAGACGCUGAACGAGCGCCGAGUCACGCCCAGCGUGGAGCCGGGCUACCUGCGGCAUCUGUUGCCAACGGAGGCGCCACAGGAGCCGGAGGACUGGGACCAGAUCAUGAGCGACGUGGAGGACAAGAUCAUGCCCGGCGUGACGCACUGGCAGCAUCCGCGCUUCCACGCCUACUUCCCGGCGGGCAACUCGUUCCCCUCGAUCCUGGGCGACAUGCUGGGGGACGGCAUCGGGUGCAUUGGCUUCUCCUGGGCGGCCAGUCCCGCCUGCACCGAGCUGGAGACCAUCGUGCUCGACUGGCUGGGCAAGGCCAUCGGACUGCCGGACCACUUUCUGGCCCUCAAGGAGGGCAGCACCGGCGGGGGAGUCAUUCAGACUUCCGCCUCGGAGUGCGUGCUGGUCACGAUGCUGGCUGCCCGGGCGCAGGCCCUCAAGCGGCUCAAGGCGCAGCAUCCGUUCGUGGAGGAGGGCCACCUGCUGUCCAAGCUGAUGGCCUACUGCUCCAAGGAGGCGCACAGCUGCGUGGAGAAGGCGGCCAUGAUCUGCUUCGUGAAGCUGCGCAUCCUGGAGCCCGACGAGGACGCCAGCCUGCGCGGGCAGACCAUCUACGAGGCCAUGGAGGAGGACGAGCUGCAGGGCCUGGUGCCCUUCUUCGUGUCCACCACGCUGGGCACCACGGGCUCCUGUGCGUUCGACAAUCUGCCGGAGAUUGGCAAGCAGCUGCAGCGCUUCCCGGGCGUCUGGCUGCAUGUGGACGCAGCCUAUGCGGGCAACAGCUUCAUCUGCCCCGAGCUGAAGCCCCUCCUGAAGGGCAUAGAAUACGCCGACUCAUUCAACACGAACCCCAACAAAUGGCUGCUGACCAACUUCGACUGCUCGACGCUGUGGGUGCGGGACCGCAUCCGCCUGACAUCAGCCCUGGUGGUGGAUCCGCUGUACCUGAAGCACGGCUACUCGGAUGCGGCCAUCGACUAUCGUCAUUGGGGAGUUCCACUCAGCCGGCGUUUUCGUUCGCUGAAGCUGUGGUUCGUUCUGCGUUCUUAUGGGAUUUCCGGGCUUCAGCACUACAUACGUCACCAUAUCAAACUGGCCAAGCGAUUCGAAGAGCUGGUGCUCAAAGAUAAACGCUUCGAGAUCUGUAAUCAAGUCAAGCUGGGUCUAGUCUGCUUCCGGCUAAAAGGAACCGACAAGCUGAACGAGAAGCUGCUGAGCAUUAUCAACGAGUCCGGGAAACUGCACAUGGUCCCGGCCAGCGUGGGGGAUCGCUACAUCAUCCGCUUCUGCGCCGUGGCCCAGAAUGCCACUGCCGAGGACAUCGACUACGCCUGGGACAUCAUCGUGGACUUCGCCAACGAGCUGCUGGAGAAGGAGCAGCACGACGAGCUCUCCGAGAUCAUGAACCGCAAGAAGCAGGACACGCUGGCCCAGAAGCGUUCCUUCUUCGUGCGCAUGGUCAGCGAUCCGAAGAUCUACAACCCGGCCAUCAACAAGGCCGGAACUCCCAAGCUCUCCAUGGAGCUGCCCUCGCCGGUGGUGAGCCGCGGCAGUGCCCCCAUCAUCCGGACCCAGAGCUCGGUGGACCACAACUCGUGGAUAUCCUGGCCGCUGGCCUUCCUCUUCAACAGCAACAACGAGGAGAAGGGCAGCAAUGUCUCUUUGCGCUUUCGGCAUCUGGACACCAACGUACGAACAUCGUCCUCUCGACGAAAUUCCGGAGCCGGCUCCUCUCCUUCCCCGGAAAACGAGUUGGACCACGUAAGUGUGCAGCAGCAGCAACUGGAGCAGCGGUCCCCACGAAGAUCGCCCAUGGUUGUGCGCAAGGCGUCGUCCUCUCGGGAUAAUCAGAACUAAUAAUAUCCACUCAGUUUAUGGACACACACAUAUAAUACAGUAUUAGCGCUUCCUUAGCCAGGC